AUGACAGACACCAUUCUGGGAGGUGAGAUUAGUGAAUUUGUGGCUAAUCGUCAAUAUGCCAAGAUUCAAUAUUUACAAGAGGAGAAUAAAUAAUUGUAAGAAUAAUUGAAGGAUAUGGAAAAAGCAUUAAAAUUGAAUAAAGAAGUUCUUCGUUUAACACUUGAACAAAAGUAAAAAUACUUAUAUAUUAUAUAAGUCUAAACAAUUCCAAUAAUUCAACUAAUUCUAGUGAGUAAAUUCAAACUAUUCAAUUACAAAUGAAAUUACAUGAAGAGAAUGAAAUGCUUAGAAAUUAAAUGUCUAAAUUGACUGAUGAAAGAAAUAUAGCUUAAAAUAAAGUAUCUAUUUCAAUUAAAAAUCAAGGUUUUGUUGUCUUAACAAAUAUCUGAAGAAAAUUAAGCAUUUUAUAAAGAUCUAAUUGUUGAAUUGGAAGAAAAAUUAGGAGAAUUAAGAAGAUGCAUAUAAGAUAAAGAAUAUACUAUAUAAGAUAUUGAGAAAAAUAGAGGUUUGAAUGAUAAUGGAUAAAUGGUAAAGAUUAGAGAAAUAGUAACACCACAUGAAUAAUCUUUAAGAUUACAUGAAGAAUUAGAAUCCACUAGAUAGAUAUUAAAUAAACUAUCUUAAGAAUCAUAGCAUUUACAAGAAUAAAACAAAUUACUUAAAGACAUAAAUCAAGUAUAUUUUAAACAUUUAUUUUUAGAAUUUCAAAAGAGAGUUAAUUAAACUUAGAAUUAUAUUGAGAAGUCCUUUGGCAUAUUACAAAAUGAAAAGUAAGUAUUAAUCUAUAAUUAUAAGAUUUCAUUUAUAAUGAUGAUCCAGGUGAUUCUGCUGAUAAUUUAUAAUUACAUGAAGAAAUAUUUCAGAAUCAACCCUUUAAUCAACCUUCAAAUGAACCCCCUCCUUAAAACUAAUUUCGUUGUGUUUGUUAAUAAUAAUUAACAAAUACAAUGAAAUAUUUGACUAAUAAUGAAAGGUACUUAAAUAGAUCUUUAAGUUUAGAGCAAAUUAUUAAGAAAAAAUAUAGAAAACAGAGACUUUAUUAAAAGGAUUUAAGGAGUUAUUUGAAAAGGAAAAAAACAAAGUAGCUUUGUUAGUAUAAUUAACAGAUAGUUUGGAAAAGAAAAUAAAUGAAUGUUAUAAUUAAAAUGAAUAGAUAAUUAAGGGAAUUAAUAGUAGAGAUUAAAAAAUAGAAUAAUUACAAGCUGAAGUUCAAUAUUAUAGAACUUAAUAUGGUAAUUACAUUCAUUUUCUUAAAAAUAAAAGAAAGAUUAAUUUAAAUUUAUCAUUUUAAUUGAAAGAACUUUCAACAAAUCUAUAACCUACACCACCCCCAAUACAAAAUACAAAUAAUAAAAUAUUAUCAGAUUUUGAAAAGGGUCCUGAUGAUACUGAAUAACAUAUAAGUAUUUUAGAAGAUCCAGUUGAUGAUUAAUCACCAGAUAUUAAAAAGAGUAAUAAAAUAGAUGGUUAAUCAAAAGUUAAUUAAAAAUUAAGCAAUAUUCUAGAGCAUAAUUAUUCUUAAAUGAAUUAGUUAGAAUGUAAAUAGUUGUUGUUAAAUACUGCUAAAGAUCUCUAUCUUAAUUAUAAUUUAAAAAUGAAUAAUUUUAUAAAAAAGUAACUUAUGGAUCCAAAAAAAUGUCUUAAAGCUAAACCAAUCUGGCAUUUAAAAUCAAGUAGUGAUCCUUUAGAUUAUUUUACAUUACAAUAUCAUAAUCUAUAGAUUUCUGGUAAAAGUGAAUUCAAAUAGAAUGAUGAUUUAGCAAAUUUCUUAAAAAAAAAAUAACCAAAAGCAACAAAAGAACAUGAAAAGAAUAAUUGGGAUUUCUUAAAUGAUUUUUCAAUGAUUUAAGGGGAAAAAAAUAAAUAAAUUUUAUCUGAAAAUUAUGGAUUCAAUGAAAUGGUUUUAAAUUGA